AUGGAGACUGCUCGAACAAGUUGCUCGUUUCUCUUGCUGUUGGUGUUCACCUGUGAUGGGUUACAUAUCCUCGGUCCGUCUGGUCCUCUCACUGUCCAGCUGGGAGGCUCAGUGAUGCUGCCCUGCUUUGUAGAAACUCCUCUACCAAUUAAAGAACUGGAAGUGGAGUGGAAAAGAAACGACUCUGGAUCUCUAGUGCACUUGUGGCAGGAGGGAGAGAGUCGACCAGAGUCUCAGGACCACCAUUAUCAUAAAAGAGCUAAUUUCUUCACAGAGGAGAUUAAACAUGGAAACUUCUCUCUGCUUCUUACAAAUGUCACUCAAGAUGAUACAGGAGUCUAUAAGUGUGUCGUUUACACAAACCAGGAAUCUGAUGAAACUUUGAUUGUAAUAAAGGAGAUUGAACACUUGAUUGUAUCUGGAGCCCACGUUAUAUCUGCAAAAGCGGGUGAAGAUAUCACUCUGAAUUGCUCUGUAGACUCACAUAUAAUACCAAAAAAUAUAGAAGAGAUCUCAUGGAGGAAAAUGGAUGAAGAUAUCUUAGUUCUGCUCUAUCAGGAGGGUAAGGUCCUGACAGACUCAUCCCAUAACAGAUACAGAGACAGAGUGGAGUUCUUCAGCACUGAAGAAAGAAACAAGGGAAACUUCUCAAUGAAACUGAAGGAAGUCCGAACUGAAGACAAAGGGCUGUAUUUAUGUUUAGCAUUCUCUGGGACAUUAUCAGAUAACACAUCAGUGGAAGUGCAGCAGCUGGGUUUUUCCUCUAUGCAUUAUGGAAUUGUUGUUUUAUGCAUCCUUGGAUUUGUAAUGGGAUCACUUAUUCUAGGCUGCUUAGCUUAUACAUCUUUUAUAAAUAACGAUCACACUGCAUUCACUGGUUUACUGGACGACAAUCCUGGAUCGCUGUAUCAGUCACUGGUUUCAGUCAAACAGUGUCAGGCCAGAGAUUAG